AUGGCCACAACCACGGCAGAGGACCUUUCAAAAUUGAUAAGCACCGCUGUCGACAGCGCUGCAUCCGCUGGGGACGACGCCGCCGAAACGGACCGUGCCAUCGGCGCGCUCAAGCAGCUGCAGAAGCGCGCAGUCACCGCGGCGCUGCUGAAGGAGACAGAGGCGGGCAAGCGCGUCAACAAACUCACAAAGCACAGCGUAGCGGCCAUCUCAGCGGCCGCGGUGGCGGUGGUCCAGGCCUGGAAGGAGUGCGUUAAGAAGGAGCAGGAAGCAAAAGGCAGCGGCGGCGGCGGCGGCGGCGCAAGCAGCAGCGGUGGCGGCGGCGGCGUGGCACGGCAGGG